GUUUCGCAACAACUAUUGGAACAACCUGAGGAUUCAAAGCUUCGAGGAUCGGAUGUUUUUUGAAUCUUUUGCCCCAGCUGCAAGUCUUCUAUCAAAUCGGUUAACGGGAAAGUUGAUUGUCACUGUGGAGUUAAAGAUGUGGAACCAGUUACAAAAUUCAAAAUAGAAGUUGAAAAUGAAUAUGAUGGCUUUAAGGGAACCUUUGUCUUUUGGGAUAAGGAUUGGAUACCUUAUACUAAACUAUCUGCUAAGGAAAUAAGGCAACUCAUGAUAGUGGCUGGAGAGGACAACCCUAAAAUCUGGCCAGCUCACGUCGAUGUUUUGUUGAAUAGAGACAUGGCAUUCCGUAUCAAGUAUCAAUCUUCUUACCAACAGUUUUCAAUUGUGACAAUACUUGAUGAGGACAAUGUUUUCAACAAACUUAAGAACUACCUAACCCCAGAUGAGCAUACCUCGAAUGCUUCUGUUCAUGACAUCACAACUUCUAACCCAAACAAUCAUCCAAAAGAACCAAAUGGAGAGACAAAUACAGAUUACACUUUUCCUCAUUCUCCAACACCAGAUUUUACUUAUUCAGGUUAGAUCUAAAUGAAAUAUUUAUCAAUGAAAUAUUUAUAAUGAAUUUUGCUUAUUAAUGUAUGCUCUUUUUUUUUUUUUUAAUUAAAAAAUUGCUACUAAUUUUGUAUGUCAUAGUAAAGUAUUUAAAAGUUGAAAGGUCUAACUAAUAAUCAAUUGAAUCAAAUGUCAAACCAAUACCACAACCACAAGAUUGGAAAUAUCAAAUCAAAUAUUAAACUUUUACAAUUUACAAUCUUUUUGUUUUAUCUUAUACACAAAUCCCACAAUCUUUUUGUUUUAUUGUCUCUAUUUAUGUUGCACACAAUUCAUGGGAUAUCAAAUGGUUUUUUUUUUUGUUUAUAAAUUAAAUAUGUAUAUCAUAACAAUUUUACUUUUGAUUUUUUAAUCACACACUAAUUUUACUUUUGAUUUUUUAACCACAUAAAAGUAAUUUUACUGUGUCAAUUCUAGAAAACUGAAAGACCUGAUUGGAUUUGUCUACAAGUCACUGAUGCCAUAUUUUCUAGAUGUUCAUUUUUUUAAGCAGGUGAAAGAAUUUUUCUGAUUCAACAAAUUUUCAAGGACUAAAUCAUAAAAUUAUAAAAUGCAUAUUAUAAAAUCAUAAAAUUUCCAAUUACCUUUUAGAAUACCUUCCAACGCACAGACAGUCUAGUCGUUCUUAUUUAUCUUACCCAAUUUCAAAAUGCAUUAUAGUAUGUAUCUUUGUUACCCUAAAAUAAUGUUUAAGACCUGCAAUUCAAUAUUAAUUUAUAAUAUUUAAAACUUAUAUUAUGUCCAUUCAUAUUAUAUAGAUUGAGAAUUUAAAAAUCCAAAAUCCUAGACAAUUCAAUAUUUCUUGAACCAGAGAUAUCAGUGUUGUUUUGGUGCUGUUAUUAGGUGUUAUUGUCUUGGAUACAUUAGAUCUAAGGAGAAAGGUAGGCCAGCAUGACUAACACUCCAACACUCAAAUCUAUUUAGAAUUCAAGAUUGAAGACAGUGGAAAUAGAAAUUAGAUAUUGCGUGACUUAGAAUCCUUUAUGAAAGUAUUUAUAUCUUGGGUAUGACAUAGGCUAGAUAAUGAACCUCCUGUUAUUGGGAUUCCGUCCAGCGCGAAGUAGUCGGUACCAAAUCUUUGACCGACAUGAAACUAAUAAUAUUGCAGUUUUAAAUAGUAUUAAAUAUUAAGACUAAUCAAGAAUUAUUAAUUCCGGGGGUAAGUGAAUAAAUCACACAUUACUAAGAUAUUUUCAACCAAUCAACUAAGUUAUUUAUAAAUUAAAGGGUUAAAUGCAAUUCACCCCCUGCCAUUAGGGCGUGUUUCAGAUUUGCCCCCUGAAUACUUUUUUUAAGAAGACACCCUUAUAAAAAUGAAAAUUCAGUUUCACCACACCCUUUUACUACCAGUGCUGACUGGGUUUUAACUAUUGGAUUACGUGGCAAAGGAACAAUGCUGACUGUGUUAUCUUCUUAAAAAUAAAUAGAUUUCUUCACUGCUGUUCUUCCUAUGGCACUCCAUAUCAUUCUUCAAGGCUAAGCUCUUAUCAUUCUUCAUCUUCAACGAUGAUGAGAAAUCAACCGCAACCAGUGCAAGUUCUUGUGAUUCACAUUCUCACAUAUCCGUCACAUAAUAUGCUCUAUGUUCAUCUCAUGAAAAUCCGGCUCCGUUGGUCAAUCUUCCUCUUGAUGGCAAACUACCAUUCUUAGCGACUUUAGAGAUGCUACAGCUUGUAUCUUUGAAGUAGACAUUCGUUUGAACUGCACCUCCAUGCAGAAACAAAAGAGAUGCUAAAAAGAUGCUCCCAUCAACAAAAUUGUUUUGGCAUAUCCCUUUAAUCACCACAUUCAACUUUUCCUCAAUUUCAAUAAAUAAUUAAAAUGAAAGACUUGUUUUAAAAGGAAUGUUGUCAUCUUCCAGGUAGCAUUCGCAUCUAAUUUUCCCAUUGAAAUUAUUUUCAUCAGAUAACGACGGAGGAAGAAUGAGGCAAAAAAUGAUGAUAAGACGACAUCACCUCCUAUUUGAAAAAGUAACAAGGUCUCCCACGUCCAGUCAGCCAGACAAGGGAUAGGGGGUUCUGAAAACAGAAUCUAUGUUUUAUAAGGGGGUGGUUUACAAAAAAAAAACUUCAUGGGGGCAAAACCGAACCUCGCCCUAAUGGCAGGGGGUGAAUCGCAAUUAACCCUAAAAAAAAACAUACCUUUGUAUAUUGCUUUAGGUUUAUACCUUCUUCCAUAACCAUACAUUCUCUACAAAGAAUACACGCCAAAAUGAAAUCAUUAAGUUGAACACCAUAUUCUUCCUUAAUAUAUCUUGUUGGGCAAAUGAUGGUGAUUGAAAAAUCGGAAAAAUCCAAAAUCAAGGAAUCCCUCUCUUGAUGAGCAAAAGCAAAAGAUUUUUCAAUCAUUCUUCUAAAUAAAUUGUACAAACUUUCUAUGUAUGAAAUCUCUUUCUUUACCAAAACAUUUCCCUCAAAUGUAUUUAACACCA